ACAAGUUGACUUUCUAUAUAUUAAUAUGAUUUUAGAUUUCUUAGGACAUUUAUUUACUCACACUUUAAAGAUUUUAUCAAACAGGGUGUCUAAUUGUAAGACACAGAUUGCGUGAUUAUGUGUCCAGACACCGUCAGCAAGAACAAAGCAUUUCUCACACUUGUGUUAAAAACAAGCGUUGAUUUCGAUGUAAAUUCUUAAAAGUCCUUUAAAUAAGGGUGUAAUAGUAAUACGAAAAACCAAAAGAGGUGUUUUGUUGUUAAAGUUGUUAGUGGUUUUGAGGUUUUAAACAACCAACAAUCUUUUCUGAAUCACCUUUGGAAGAACUUCUAAUCCUGAGGAAACGUUUCAUUAGGGAGUUCAAUUUGGUUUUAUUUAACAAAUACAAACGCCUACAAUGUGCCACUGAGCCAUGCACAGGGAUGUAAAAGUAAAGCUGCCUAGGUACUGCUGGAGGAGCACAGCUGGGAGGAGGCUGGUAGGUGCACCAAGGCGCAGGCAAGGUGGGGCUGCGCGAGGCCGGAGGAGGCCCGGGCUCCCAGAAGAGCAUCCUAGAGGAGGCCACUCAGGCGUAAGGCAGAGGGCCAGGAUGCGCACUGCCUGGGGAGCCGCCCUUGGGGAUGUGGAAAGUGUGCUCCUAAUAAGCUAUUGGAUUGUCAUAUUAUGUCUCAAAGACCAAAAUAUAUCAUAAAAUGCUCCUACGGUCAAAUAGAAUAAAAUGAAGUUUUCUUGUGGUAUUGCAUGUUAAUGAAAAUCUGCAGGCAUGCGAUGCUGUUAAAGAUCUAACAAGUGUUUUCAAGGUAGGAGUUUAAUAAUGUUUUGAUUGCCUUAGUAGCAAUGACGUUUUGGCUAUAGUUUUAGAUUUAGAGAUGAACUAACUUGAAAACUUUUCAAAGUGAAAGCGUUCAAAUGUACUGUCAAAAUGUUCCUCCCUACCCCGUAUCAGACUCUUGACUAAGAAAUUGUGUACAUUUGAUGUAAUUCACAACAAACAUAUGUAUUUUUUUUCCUGUUAAUGUAAUCUAUAAAUUGUGCAUUUAUUCGAGGCAUAAAAAGGAACACUACUGCUUUCAAAUUUGAUAUAUAGUUGACAUCUGUUAGUUUACUAGGGUUGCCAUAACAAAAUAUCAUAGACUGGGUAGCUUAAACAACAAAAAUUUUAUUUUUUCAUGGUUUUGGAGGUUGGAAGUCUAAGGUCAUGGUGCUGGCAGGACUGGUUUCUCCUGAGGCCUGUUUUCUUGGCUUAAUGACUGUCUUUUAUGUCCUCACAUGGUCUUUUUUUCCUGUGCCCACACAUCCCUAGGGUGUCUCUUCCUCUUAUAAGGACACCAGUCAUAUUGGCUUAUGGCCCCAUCCUUAUGACCUCAUUUAUCCUUAAUUACCUCUUUAAAGCCCCUAUCUCCAAUUUUAGUCAAAUUGGGGGGUUAGGGCUUCAACAUAUGAAUUUGGGGGGAAUACAAUUUAGUCUGUAACACAUUUGAACUGUGUACAUUAAUUUGUAGUGAUAGAGUGGCUGAAAAAAGUACAUGGGUACAGGAUGUACAAAUUUCAAGAAAAAGAUUAAGGCAGAGUGCACCAUAGUGAGGUAUGGGGGAAAUAACCAUAUGCUUCAAAAGUAAUUUAGAUAAAUCUUACCCAAACUUAGAAAUCCAAGAAGUAUUUGUUAGUUCCUGUCACAAUUGCUGAAGUGUAUGUCACAAUAGGGUGCCAAGGGUGUUGUCAUACACACGGAAUAAAGUUCUUCCCAGUCAGCUUCAUCGCUUCAAGCAUGUUUUAUUUUCAGAGCAAGAAGCCAUCAUGGGAGACCUUUUUUCCUUAUUUUGGGAGGCGGAUCCUCCCCCCAUACCUUUAAGUUUUACCAUUCCAAAUCAGGACUGUGAAUGCCAGAAGGAUGACCCUUGUGGGGCAAUAGGGAGCUUCCUGCUUUGGUAUUUUGUCAUUAUAUUGGUCGUGAUGUUCUUCUCUCGGGCAUCUCUCUGGAUGUCUGACAAGGAUAAAGACAAUGGGACAAGCACUUCAUUAAGUAAAGCAAGCAGAGAUACAUCCUGCAAGAGGCAAAGCAAAGAUGGUAACUGGGACUCUUUACAAAUGAUGAAAAAACCAAAGCAGAGCGAACUUACCCCUGUAACUGAUUCAGAAGUGGCUUUGGUCAAUGCCAGUCCUGAACGAAGACUAGCCAGGUGCCAUUCUCUAAUCAGCCAAGUGAAUCAGAACCAACCCGACAGUGAUACUACUGACUGGGACAGUGAGGAAUCUCACUGUGGAGCCUCCUCAUGGAAGGAGAGUGAAAGUGAGCACGACCCAUCACCAGCCAGUAUUAAGAAGAAAAAAAAAACUCAGAGGCCAAGGAAUGUAGCAAGUUACCAAAAGAGGGAAAGGCUCUGCCUUCACUGCAAAGCUGUGAGAACCGAUGAAUGGCUGACACGCCACUUCCUUCAAAACACUUCUCUAACCCCAGUGAAGGGACAUACUCAAAAGGAUAAUUCUGUACCUGAAAUUAACAUAGAAUGUAGCAAAUUUUGAAUUUCAUCAAGUCCUUACCUUACUUGAAGCCAAAUGAAAGAGAUUAAUAAAAGACAAAAUAUCACCAGAGCCCUAUGUGAGGAGGCUUUUAUAAUAAAGUCUCUCUACUAACAACAAAAACAUACUUAGAACCCAAGAAGUAAAAUUUCAGAUAAUUCUUUGUUAGUGAAUUUGUUUAUGGCACCAGUGGGACAUCAAAGAUCUGCAUCCUCUAUGAGUUUAUUAAAAAACACAAGACAGAUAUUUUAUUCCUUGAGUGCAUGUAUUUUGUUUAUGUCUGUAAUACAAAUAAGGAAGCUCUUAGAAAAUAUAUUUAUCUUCAUAAACCAUUUAAAUUUAUUCAUAUAUUUUGAUUAUCUCACUGACCUAAUGAUUUAGUUAAAGAUGGUUGGAAGAGAAUUAACUCAUAUUCCUCAUGUCCAUACUUGCAGUGACUCUACCUGAGCUGUAUUGCAGUACAUGUGUCAGCUGGGGGUUGGUGAGAAGGAGAAGCUCAAGAGCCUGAACUAAGAGCUGAUUCCUAG